AUGCGGGCUUCAUUGAGAGGUUCAGAGAUCAUCAAGUCAAGGUGUUCCAGAGCUCCCAGUGUAUGGCACUCUUCACCAGCCAUCUGGCGACGAGAUCUACGCAUUUCUACCCCGUCCGCAGACGCUCUUGAUAUCGUCCCUUCUGAGCCAGUCCCAAGUACGAGCGGUGCUACAUCAGAUGCCAAAUUUGAGGUCAUUGGCUCACCGUUUUCUCUCCUCUCCGUUUCUCUCUCAGCCUCUCAAAAUCUCUACACUCGGAAAGGUUCACUGGUUGGGGUAGGAGGGAAGGCUGAAAAUGCAGUGUCAACUCUUUCAGUACUGGCGCCUUUCCGCAGAGCAUUUCUUCAAAUACCAUUCCUUUAUCAGAGAAUAUCGUCUACGACGCCUAUCACGGCACUCAUAUCUACCAAAGCAUCCCGUACCUCAAUGACAACGCUGAAUCUAGAUGGAACGCUGGAUUGGAUGGUUACUGGGAAAGCUCUUCUGGCAUGGACUGGGCAGACGCUCUCUAUUACACCCUCUGUGAACCGGAACAUGAGUUUGGCGCAUUGGGGUAAUUCUCAGGUCACGGGAAGGGGACUCCUUGCCCUUGCAGGUCAAGGGUCCAUUUCUCAAUUAGUCCUCCAAGCAGGAGAAUCAUAUGUGGUCCACCCAAGCAACGUCGUUGCAUAUAGCAUGAACGCUAACCCACCUUUGCCUCACCGUUUGAGGUCGUCCUCGCUGCGCUUUCAGAUACCGGAGAUAGGCGUCUCUAACCUGCUACCAGAUACAAGGUUCAUAAGAGCAAUGCGCGAUUCAAGGACGUGGCGGACAUUCACAACGAUACUUUUCAAUGUACGCACGUGGGCGAGAGCGACGAUUUGGGGCGAUAGGCUUUUCUUACAAUUCCAUGGGCCAACGACAAUCCUGCUACAGACCCGCGCAGCUAGAAUACUUGAUGUGCUGACAUCUGAGAACGUCAACGAAAUUGCCGACACGCAACCAGGAGUAGUACAGCCGGUAUUCACUCUUCCAGCAGAAAGAAGCACCACAGAUUCUGCUAAGAAGUCUAAGGCCGGCUCCGCAGUAACUAUGAAAGCUCCUCGUAUGAGUACGGCGAGCAUCGGCACUGAUGGGAAGGUAACAUUUGGAGAUUGA